CCAGUUUUCUUCUCUGUUGUUUCGUGCCCUGAGAAACCUUGAAGCAGCCAUGGCUCCCAAAUCGAAAGAAAACCCCAAAACCUCGACUCCAGCAAUCGAAGAUCUCUUCACUUCCCUCCACAAACAUAUCAAGGAUACUAAAUAUGAAGAAGCCGUCAAGGUCGCUGAUCAAGUUUUGUCGAUUGUACCUACCGAUGAGGAUGCGAUCCGAUGCAAAGUUGUGGCUCUGAUAAAAGACGAUAAGUUCGAUGAUUAUCUAAUCAAAGACGUUAAGAUCAAUGGUGCUCUCUCCGUCAUUAACUCGUUUCCAAUCGAUCUAGGUUUUCACAAGGCGUAUUGUUUAUACCGUGAAAACAAGUUAGAUGAGGCUUUGGUGUGUUUAAAAGGUCUCGAGAGAGAGUCAAAGACUUUGCUUUUAGAGGCUCAGAUUUUGAACUGUUUGGGGAAAGUAGAUGCUUGUGUGGAUGUGUAUCAGAAACUGAACAAGUCCGGGAUUAAAUUGAUAGAGGUCAAUUUAGUCGCGGCGUUGAUUAGAGCCGGAAAAGCUUCUCAAGUAUUGGAGAGUUUGAAGAUCAGACCUACGACUACUUAUCAAUUGGCUUAUAAUACUGCUUGCUCUUUGAUCGAAAACAGUAACUAUGUUGAUGCUGAACAACUUUUGCUCACUGCCAUGAGAAUUGGUCAGGAAACCCUCACUGAGGGCGACUAUUCUGAUGAUUAUAUCGAGACUCAGCUAGCCCCAAUUUCUGUUCAAUUAGCAUAUGUCCAACAGGUCCUUGGACAAACUCAAGAAUCAAAGAGCUCUUAUGUAGAUAUCAUUAAACGAAAUCUGGCUGAUGAAUCACUUGCUCUUGCUGUGAACAACCUUGUUGCCUUGAAAGGUUCCAAAGAUAUUUCUGAUGGCUUGAGGAAGUUUGAUCUGCUGAAAGACAAAGACUCACAAAAUUUUCAGCUUUCUCAAGAACUUGAUGCUAAGCUUUCACAUAAACAUAAGGAAGCUAUAUAUGCCAAUCGCGUCCUUCUACUUCUCCAUGCAAAUAAGAUGGAUCAGGCACGAGAGCUUUGUGCUACACUGCCCGGUAUGUUUCCUGAGAGUGUUAUUCCUACAUUGCUUCAAGCUGCUGUUUUGGUGAGAGAAAACAAGGCUGCUAAAGCUGAAGAACUUCUGGGACAGUGUGCCGAAAACUUCCCGGAAAAGUCUAAGUUGGUUCUCUUGGCCAGGGCACAAAUUGCCGCUUCUGCCAGUCAUCCUCAUGUAGCAGCAGAGUCCCUGUCCAAAAUACCUGAUAUUCAGCACUUGCCUGCAACUGUUGCCACCAUUGUCGCCCUCAGAGAGCGAGCUGGAGACAAUGAUGGUGCUACUGCUGUUCUUGACUCAGCAAUUAGAUGGUGGUCGGAUUCUAUGACCGAUAGCAAUAUGCUUAGGAUAUUGAUGCCGGUGGCUGCUGCCUUCAAGCUCAGGCAUGGUCAAGAAGAGGAGGCUUCACGGCUAUACGAGGAGAUUGUGAAAAACCAUAAUAGCACAGAUGCUUUGGUUGGUCUUGUGACUACUCUUGCUCGUGUCAAUGUUGAGAAAGCAGAAGCUUACGAGAAACAGCUUAAGCCCCUACCAGGUUUGAAGGCUGUUGAUGUGGAUAACCUAGAAAAGACCUCUGGUGCAAAACCCAUUGAAGGCAUUUCUGCUGCUUCAUUGAGUCAGGAAGAAGUGAAGAAAGAGAAGGUGAAGAGGAAGAGAAAGCCAAAGUAUCCCAAAGGAUUCGAUCUGGAAAACUCAGGUCCAACUCCGGACCCUGAGAGGUGGCUUCCCAGAAGGGAAAGGUCAAGUUACAGACCCAAGAGAAAGGACAAGCGAGCAGCUCAAAUCCGUGGCUCGCAAGGUGCCUUGACGAAGGUUAAACAAGAAGAAGCUCCUUCAACCUCUAAGUCAAAACAAGCGGCCAUUUCUAAAGCCAAUGCAGCUGGCCCUUCUUCCUCUAAGGCCUCGAAAAAGAAGUCUAGAAGAUGAACGAAACAACCCUUUAAGAUCGUUUCAUCUGACUAGCUAAUAUAAUGAGUGGAAUAGUGGGACAAACAAAAACAAUGAAACACUUGAUAACAUAUUAACAAAAAUUUAGAUGAUUUAAGUUGUUUCACUUCAGAACUCAAAAGCAUUUGUAUCUAGUUUUUAUACACACUGCUAUCAAAAAGGUCUAUGAUACUAUUGCCAAAUAAACCAUUUUCAAAGA